CCAUGUUUGCUAUCGGAUGAUGCAGACUGAAGGACCGAGAUGCUGUUGGAGGAGAAGAUGGCGCUGCCCGUGUUAAGAGGUUGCUACUGUAGCAGGCCGCCUUCAGUACUGAGUCGUUUCUUGAAACCUGUGCAGCCCCAGUCCAACAAGACUACUCGCCUGGUUCCAACUUUGUCCGUUGGUGUUGUGUCCACAGUCCGACCUUACAGCUCUGAUCGAGGUGGAGGUAAACAAAACCAGAAAGUGGUUGUGGUUGGCAUCCCCAACCCUUUCAUAUGGUUCCGAACCCGAAUAUACUACUUUUUGAUUCGGGUCUAUUUUGACAAGGAAUUCAAAAUCGAAGAAUUCACAGAGGGAUCGAAACAGGCAUUCUCCCAUGUUUCAAGACUGUUGUCAGGGAGUCGAUUUGAGUCUCUUGAAGGUCUGGUAGCUAAAGACCUGAUUGCAAAACUGGAAGAGAAAUGUGCUCUGCUCCCUCCCAGCCACCUACAAGCGCUUUCUGCAGAUCUGGAAGACGUGAUGUACACAACACCAGGGGAUGUUGGCAUCUAUUAUGAUGAUGAUGGGCGGAAGUUUGUCAGUAUUCUGAUGCGGUAUUGGUAUCUAACAAGUGCCCGGUUGCCUGAGGAAUCAUUGGAGGGAACACGCAUCUUUCAGGUGGCCAUAGGUGGUGAGGGUGCGCCGGAGACUAAGAGACUGCUCACAGCCAACUAUGAAUUCCAAAGGGAGUUUACUAAGGGUGUGCCGCCGGACUGGACCAUCACCAGGAUAGAGCACUCCAAGCUGCUGGAUUAAACUGGGAUUGAAUGGAGAUUAUAGGGGGAGAUGGAGAGCGGUAGAGAGUCAGAGAAUGGAAGACCAUAGUUCCUCCUGACCCUACAAGAAUAUCCCCCCCAACUGCUAAAAUUCUGAGAUGCCCCUCAGGAGCAAAAUGCCUCUCAAACUCAAGACCAGAAAAGACAUGGGGAAUAUUUGGUGCAAACUUUCUAUCUGCCAGAAGUUACAUACUAUCCACUGUAGAAAAAGAACAAAAGUCAAACAUUUCUGUUCGUAGCUGUACUAUUGUACGGAAGUCUGUGCAAGACCAGGUUGCUGAGUUUUUCACCCUUGUCUCAGGCAGCACUGCAAUCAGUGGUCAAAACUAGGCUUUGUCAGUUCUGCCUCUAAGGCCUGAGAUUCAUUAUUUUGUUUAAUGGGGAGGGUAGACAAGUGGCAUACAGACAAAACUGAAUGAGCUCCGUAUUGAGAUUCUGUAGUCAGUCUUCGAUCUGCUGCUGUCCACGCUUUGGUAUGUUGAAGUAGAGCGUCCACACAGACUAAAGAAAAUGUCACACUUUAUGAUUCAGAUAUAACCUCCUUGUACUCCUGCAUUCACACACUCAAUAGUUAUGUAGAGAGGAUGAAAUCCAACAAUGCCAUAAAAUUACUACAGCUACUGUUUCCAUUUCUUGAGAUGUGCUCUGUCACCAGAAUAGUCCAUCAUCUGAAAAUAAGUGAUAACCAAUUACUAUUGGUCACUGAAAGUAGAUAUGUGUUAUUUUGUACAGUGGGUACUCUUCUGUGUGCACAUGACUAGUAGUGAUGCGAUUUCGUUCCCACUGACACACAUGAAAAGUGUGUGUGUGUCUGUAGAAAACUGCUCACUCAGUCCAUUGUGCAAUGGUCUUUGGCAGUCACACAUUCUUAUAAAUCAAUAAACAUUUGUUGCAAUGUG